AUGAGGACGAGGAAAACUCCGUGCCCGGUAGAGAAAGUUUGGGUAGACAAACCCAAAUACGACGAAGCCGAGCGGCUGCACUACGAGCGCGAAGCCAUGCUGGCCGCUGCCCCCGAGGAGUGCCCGGAGCUCGAGGCUGUGAACGGGGUCCUCAACGAUGAGGGAAUCGUCGAGGGUGAGCCCAAAGGGGACCCGAAAAGAGGGAGGAACGGGAAAAAGCAGAGGAAGAGGAAGAGGUCUCCUAAACCCAAAGGCGCGGCGGUCCCCAAGGCGGCUGAUUCGGUCCUCUCGGGUUUGUCCACGGAGCACGUGUGGUUUGAGAAACCCUCCCAGGAUCACGCCGAGAGCUUAUCCAGGAAAAAAACGAUGGAUUUGCAGAGCCAGGAGGCGGUUGAGACCCAACAGCCGGCGUCCAAAGCUGCCCAAACCCUUCCCCAAAAACCGCGGAUGCUCUCGGCGGCCCUGCCCUGCACCCACGGCAGCCUGAGCGCCUGCCACCACGUGCUUCAGGGCGUUUGGCUCAACAAAGCUGACUUCGAGAAAGCCGAGAAGCUUUUCGUCCAGAGGUCUCAGCUCUUCGCUCCUCCCAACCUCUUGGCCAUCCCCUCCCUCGUGCCCAGCGCCGAAAACGUGGGCUCGAGGACGCCGGAUGAAGGUUACGGGACGGCCCUGCCCACCCCCGCUACUCCGAGCUUGGCUCCGGACCUCGUUAGCUCUCCUCCUCCUCCCCUCGAUGCCCCUUUGCAGGAUUCCCUCCACCCGACGGUGAACGGCAAGCCCCAAGCUUCGAGUUUUCAGGCUCUGGUUUCGGAGGUGUGGUUGGAAAAACCUCUCUACGACGGUGCCGAGAAGAGUUUCUACGAGAACAUGUUCGAGGGUGCCCCGGCGGAACGCGUCGACGGCCCCGAAGCCUCCAAAAAACCCCAGGGGGAUGGGAAAAACCCCAGCAGGGGGGAAAAAGAGGGUCUUGAGCACACGGAGCCCACCGGUUCUCCUCCUCCGAGCAGCACCGAGCACCUCCAGCCUCAUUUUUUCUUCCUGCACCAGGACAGCGAGGCCGUGUGGCUCAGCAAGCCCACGUACGACCGCGCCGAGGCUCGAUACUACGCCUCGGAGGCUCUGAAAGCAUCCGAAACAGGAGAAAACCCGAAAAAACCCCAACCUCCCGUCCUAAAACCCUCCCAGCCAGCUGCCAAACCUCCGAGCGCGGCCGCUCCCGAACCCAAAAAAAUGGCAGUCGAGUUCCUCGCCCACGAGAGGAUCUGGUUCGAGAAGUUCAAGUAUGACGAGGCCGAGCGGAGGUACUACGAGCAGAUGAACGGCCCGCUGGGCGGCUCCUCGCAGCAGCAGCAGGAGAACGGAGCCAGCACGAUCCUCCGCGACAUUGCCAGAGCCAGGGAGAAUAUCCAGAAAUCGCUGGCCGGACAGAAGACAGCCCCGCGGAGCAAAGAAGCUCCUGCCCGCCAAAAGAGGCAGUCGGGCCGCUCAACUAGCGCCAGCACCACCUCUUCGGGGCCCGGCGACCAAAAUGAGCUUCUUUCCAGAAUUUCUCACCUGGAGGUAGAAAAUCAAAACCUUCGCAGUGUCGUAGCAGAUCUUCAGAUGGCCAUCUUCAAGUUGGAAAGCCGCCUGAAUGCUCUGGAAAAAUCUACCUCCCACCAGCCCUCCCCAGUUCCACCGACCCAGAAAGUGGAACCCUUCAGCGUUCCCUCCAAGAAAGUGGAGCUGCCAUCUGCUUCACCUGCGAAGAAAGCCGAGCCAGCCGCCGCAGAGGAAAAUGACGACAAUGACAUCGACCUUUUUGGCAGUGACGAUGAAGAGGAAGACCAAGAGGCUGCCAAGGUCCGGGAGGAGAGGCUGCGGCAGUACGCGGAGAAGAAGGCCAAGAAACCAGGUCUCAUUGCCAAGUCCUCCAUCCUCCUGGACGUGAAGCCGUGGGACGACGAGACUGACAUGGCCAAGAUGGAAGAGUGCGUCCGCUCCGUCCAGAUGGAUGGGCUGGUGUGGGGAGCCUCCAAGCUGGUCCCGGUUGGCUACGGUAUUAAAAAGCUCCAAAUCCAGUGCGUGGUGGAGGACGACAAAGUCGGGACUGACAUCCUGGAGGAGGAGAUCACCAAGUUUGAGGACUACGUGCAGAGCGUCGACAUUGCUGCUUUCAACAAGAUCUAGAAGCAAACCUGUAUCCUCUCUGAAACUGUAACUAAUAAAGAUCAAGGAAUGCAGA